AUGACUUUAGGGUUCCUUCAGAAGACAUCACUAGUGGUGGCGGCAGAGCAGUAUGAACCUCAUGUUAAUUUACUCAGCCACGAGACACUUCAUGGUACAGAAGUAACAUUCUCAGGACCUAUGAUCAACCUCCUUGAAAUAUUUGCCCACAACAUCAAUUUCUCGUACAAGAUAAUGCGUCCUCCUGACGGAGCUUGGGGAGCUAAGAUGCAAGACGGGUCUUGGAUAGGCAUGGUGGGAAUGGCUGUCAGGAAGGAGGUUGAUUUUGGUCUUGGCCCGUUUGGAAUUACCGCUGUUCGUUAUGAAGUGGUGGACUACACAAGGCCAGUAGUAAUUGAUUACGGCAGGAUCAUGGCCAUGCGGGGACGGUCUGAGGUGGAUCCCUGGGGCUUUGUGUUGCCUGCACCCCUAGUGUGGGCUGCCACCCUGACGACGUUGCUGCUACUGUUCCUUAUGCUGUUCCUUCUCUCAAAAUGUUCCUCUUACCUGCACGUCAGUCGAGAGGAUAAGGCAUCCUACAGUGUUUUAGAUUACUUACGAGUGUUAUUGCAGCAAGAUAUCUUAGUCGAGAAGGGCAUCUGGUGGGAACGUAUAUUACUGAUAACCUGGAUGAUGGUGACGCUGGUGUUAACACGCAGUUACUCUGGUAACCUCAUGUCUCUCUUGGCUGUGAGAUACAGUUUUCAGCCUUAUCAGUCUCUCCAGGAUGCUGUGGAUGAUCCCUCAGUGGCUUUGAUCUGGGAGGCAAACUCGGCUUACGUUCAGGCUUUUAGAAAAGCGUCAUCCGGCAUCUAUAAAGCAGUAGCAGACUUGGAGACGAAAGGGCGAAAUGUGUAUCUGAAGUACACCUUGAUACCUGGGAGUGUAGACGCUCUGGUGAGGCGAGGCGAUCAUGUCCUCAUCUUAGAGGAGCUCACUGAGGAAGUUUUAAUCGCACAAGACUUCUCAAAUACAGAGCGCUGCGAUUUUUACUUAUCUAAAGAGAGGGUGUUGCCUCUGAUGUUUGCUAUGGUGGGACUCAAGAACAGUCCUCUGGUGCCAGUGCUAAGCAACAGGAUCAAGUCAGUGACGGAGGCUGGUUUGUACAACUACUGGAUGAAAACUACUGUACCUAAUUCGACUUCAUGUGCCCACACCUCUUCCAAGACUACUGUCAACACUUCACUCUCUCUUACUAAUCUCUCGGGAAUGUUCGUGGUCCUGGCCGGUGGCUACGGUUUCGCUCUCCUCGUCUUUAUUCUUGAGACAGUUCAGGAGCGGAUCAAAAUGUCACGGAGUUAA